GCCGGUCAGACUUCCAUCGAUACCCACCCCGCCCGAGCGCCCGAAGGCAAGACCUCGAGAAAGCCGGGGUACAGAUCAUCGCCACUCUCUAUACAGCCGCAGCACGAGGCCAGCAACCGCCACCUUUGCAGGCAGAGCGAGAGUAAAAAGGACCUCACUGUAGGGUACCGAGGAUAUCGUUCAUCAACCCGGGUGGGAUCUGUGGCUCCUUUAGGGAACACAAAUGGGGACAACUACUAUAGAAAUGAUUCUCUGAAGUAUUGUCGACAUGAAGAAGAAAAGAAGAAAAAAAAUCUAAAAGAUGGGAGG